AUGGCGCAGGAAUACAAACUCAAGGACAUCUCGUCCCUCGCGGACAUCAAGAACAACGACAAGGUCGAGUCCGAGGUUGAAGGCAUCCAGGAUGGAAAGGUCCUGGUGGUCAAGUUCAACGACAAAGCUUACGCCAUGGGUCCAAAGUGCACCCAUUAUGGCGCACCGCUGAAGCUGGGUGUUGUCGCGCCAGAUGGACGUAUCACCUGUCCUUGGCAUGGAGCUUGCUUUAACGUUGGCACCGGCGAUGUGGAAGACGCUCCCGCUCCCAACUCUCUCAACACAUACGAAAUCUUCGAGAGAAACGGCGCAGUCUACAUCAAAGGCGAAGAAGCCAUGAUCAAGAGCGGCCAGCGCGACCCCACCCUCAAAUGCAGCGCCCCGUCGCAAGAGAAGGUCGUCAUCGUGGGCGGCGGCAGCGGCGCCCUAGGCGUGCUCCAGUCCAUCCGCCAGCUCAAAUACACCGGCUCCCUGACCAUGAUCUCCCGCGAGCCGAACCUCAUCAUCGACAGAACCAAACUGUCCAAGGCGCUCAUCCCCGACGCCGAGGAAAUCCAAUGGCGCCCUCGCCAGUGGUACCAAGACGCCUCCAUCGACACCGUCUCCGACGACGUCACCUCCGUCGACUUCAACUCCAAGACCGUCACCACGGCCUCCGGCAACUCCAUCCCCUACACGAAGCUCGUCCUCGCAACAGGCGGCGUCCCCCGCACGCUCCCCCUCGAAGGCUUCAAAGGCGAGCUCGCCAACAUCUUCCUCCUCCGCACCAUCCCCGACGUCCAGUCCAUCCUCGCCGCCGUCGGCGACAAGAACAAGAAGAUCGUCAUAAUCGGCAGCUCCUUCAUCGGCAUGGAAGUCGGCAACGCCCUCUCCAGCAACAACGACGUCACCAUCGUCGGCCAGGAAAAAGCCCCCAUGGAGCGCGUCAUGGGCGAACAAGUCGGCCGCAUCUUCCAGCGCAACCUCGAAAAGGCAGGCGUCAAAUUCCACCUCCAAGCAGGCGUCGCCCGCGCCACGCCCUCCUCCUCGGACUCCUCCACCGUCGGCGCCGUCCACCUCUCAAACGGCACCGUCCUCCCCGCCGACCUCGUCAUCCUCGGCGUCGGCGUCCGCCCCGCAACAGACUUCCUCCAAUCCAACACCCACCCCGCCAUCAAUCUCGAAAAAGACGGCUCCCUCAAAACAGACGAGCACUUCGCCGUCUCGGGCCUCAACAACUCCGUCUUCGCCAUCGGCGACAUCGCCACCUUCCCGUACCACGGGCCCGGCACGGACCCCAAAACAGGGACCCAUACCCGCAUCGAGCACUGGAACGUCGCGCAGAACGCCGGCCGCGCCGUCGCGCGCGCCAUCAUCCACUCUCUCUCUUCUCCCUCCCUAGACAACCUCAAGCCCAAAUCCUUCAUCCCCAUCUUUUGGUCCGCGCUGGGCGCCCAGCUCCGCUACUGCGGCAAUACGCCGAACGGGUGGGACGGACUUGUCCUGCGGGGCGAGCCUGAUAAUGCGAAGUUUGCGGCGUUUUAUUGUAAGGGCGAGACGGUUGUGGCUGUUGCUACUAUGGGGAUGGAUCCGGUUAUGGCGAAGUGUGCGGAGUUGAUGAGGAGGGGGGGGAUGCCGGGGAAGGGGGAGAUUGAGGGGGGGGUGGAUGUGCUUGGUGUUGACCUUUGA